AUGGCCGCUUCCGCACGGCCCGCAGGCGCCAGCCGGCUCUACAGGAUCUGCCUGCAGCUGGCGCUCGGGUCGUCCAUCUGGGGCUACAACAUUGGCAUCCUCUCGUCGGUGCUGGUGCACCCGGGCUGGCGCCGCGCGCUGCAUCAGCCGGACCCGGCGCAAAAGGGCCUCGUCACGGGCGCCUACUACGCGGGCACGCUGCUCUCGUACCUGCUCCUCGCGCACCCGCUCGCGGACGUCCUCGGGCGGCGGUAUGCGGCGAGGGUCGGCACGCUGGUGCUGUGUCUGGGCGCGCUGGUCAUGGCAUCUGCGGCGGGACGGCAUGCGCUGCUCGUCAUGGUGAUGGGGAGAUGGAUCUGUGGACUCGGAGUUGGAGUUGUGAGCACGACUGUGCCGCUGUAUCAGAGCGAAAUGUCUCCCGCCAAGGAGAGAGGUAAAUAUGUCACGAUUAACCAUGUUGGUUUUGUGGCAGGCCUCGCAGCUGGCCUUUGGGCCGGGUACUUUAUCACAUUUUGGAAGAGCGAAGCUGGCGAGUAUUGGGGCUGGAGGACACUCGAGCUCAUCCAGCUGAUCCCGUCUCUCGCUUUCGCCGCCAUGCUGCCGUAUAUACCGGAAACACCGAGAUGGCUGCUUCAGAGCGGCGACAUGGAAAAGGCGAGCAAAGUCCUCCACUGGCUGCGUGAGGACGUCGUCGAGCCCGCAGACAUUGCGCAUGAGCUGCAUGCCAUCAACCACGACAUUGAAGCCUACCACCGCGGCCCAGGAUCAUUCGUGGGAAAAUCCCUCGCGCUGUUCCGGGAAAAGCCCCUGUUUGCGCGCAUGUGGCGGGCAUUCCUGCUGCAGUUCAUGGCGCAAAUGUGCGGCGCCACGGCCAUGAAGUACUACCUCCCGACGCUCCUCAAGGCGCUUGGACUUGGGACACGCCUUGCGCUGAUGGCGGGUGCUGUGGAAAUGACGGCCAAGAUUGGCAUGACUGUGGUCGAGAUGUGGAUUAUUGAUCGCUUCGGAAGAAAAGCGUGUCUUGCCGGCGGAAGCGUCGUCAUGGCUGUCGCUAUGCUUGUCAAUGGCGUGCUGCCGCAGAUGUUUCCCGGAAAUGGUAGCCCCGUGGCAGAUGCCAUCUGUAUCGCCUUCAUCUUUAUAUACGCAAUGGGCUACAGCCUAGGACUGGGACCGGCGGCUUGGGUGUACAGCUCAGAGAUCUUUCCAACAACGUACCGUGCCCGCGGUCUGAAUUUCGCUGCGUCUGGCGGCUCUAUCGGGAGCAUCAUUGUUGCUCAGAUAUGGCCCAUUGGCAUUGCCAAGUUUGGUAGCAGAGUCUACUUUUUCUUCUUCGCGGUCAAUGCCAUAUGCGUACCGGUAAUAUGGCUGCUCUACCCAGAGACCAAGGGAUGCGCUUUGGAAGACAUGGACUCGUUGUUCCAGAAAUACAGCGGCGACAGCGCCAGCGUGGGCCUGGAUGGACUGGCGGCGGACCAUGACGAGGAGGAGCGAGAGCCGAAUGGUGGCGCCGCUUCGUGCGAUUCGGCCAGUGAGGACCAGCCGCUACUCACACAAUAG